AUGUCUAAGGAAUUGUGUAGUCUAAUUAAUGCGGCUGAUAAUAAUUUUGUUGAUGAUCCGAACAACCCGAGAGAAGAUACUUCUACGGGUUUGUUUAAUUCGUAUUGCCCUUAUAAUAACUGUGAUACUGAUGACAACAAAGUUAGUUCUACUUUUAUAACAUUACUAAAAUUUUUUGAGGGUAUUAGUGAUGAACAUUUAGAGGGUGAUAAACUUGCUGAAUAUGCUAUUUUAUGGUUAAGUUAUAGACUAAAUCAAAAAAAAGAAAAUGGAACGACCAUAUUAAACGAUUUUUAUACUAAUAAUGUAGAAACAAAUAGUAAUUAUGAUGAGGUAAUAAAUGCUAAUAGUGAUAGUGGUAGUAAGAUUAAAAAGGAUGUUAUAUAUAAAAAAAUAAAAUCGACGAAUAUCGAUAUUAAAGAUAUAUCUAAUUUUUAUGAUGCACUUAAAUCAUUAUGUAAUAUGUAUAGUGAAAUUGAUCCAGAAGACUACGAAUGCAAUAAAUGUUUAGAAAAUGCUGGAGAAUUGUUUGAAAAAUAUGAAAAACUUAAAAAUGCUUUAGAUAUUAAUAAAGGGAGUUUUUAUUUACAACUAUUAUCUAGUUUAUCAAAUGAUUAUAAAAAUUUUGAAAAAAAAUAUAAUGUUAAAUGUAAUAAUGGCUCACCACUUGUAGCUUGUCCACGAAGUUCAGUAACAAAAAAUAUAAUAAUUACAAUUGCAAUUAUAUUUGUUGCAGUAUCAAUUUUAUUGGGAGUUUCUUAUAAGUAUUCGUUAUUUGGAUUUCGGAAACGAUUUAAAAAACAACAUUUAAGAGAAAAGCUAAAAAAAUAA